AUGAAAAUUUCGCCAUAUUUUCGAUUUUUUCGCAUUCUUUUUUGGACAGCUGAUUUUUAUAUUUUUUCAGAUUCAACAAAAUGGAGGCUGCAAAACUCCCUUCAAAAAGGCGAAUCAGCGCAAAAAAGGUAGUGGAUUUUUCAAAAAAAAAAGUUUUGCAAGGGGUGGGGAUCGAACCCGCCACCUUGCGAAUGCAAAACGCAAGCCUACCCAGCUGAGCUCUGCUCGCAACAAAUUCUCUAGAGAAAAUGUUGGUGAUGAGAAAACUCUUUUUCCAGACAAACUCGAAGUAUUCACGAAAAACAACGUCGAAUUGAGAUGAAUCAAGUGUUGACAGAAAUGAUGGAGCUGCUGAUGUUCGAUACAAAAUUGCAGCCGAAAAAACCGGACAAAUGUUGGAUAAUCGGAAAAUCGGUGGAAUUUAUCAGGAAAAAUCGAAUUCCUGAAGAAAAUUCGCUGAAAACACCUUCUGGCCAAUUUUUUUUUGAAGAUUUUCUGCGAUUUUCGGGAAAUUUUGUGAUUUUUGAGUUGAGUGAGAUGUUGUUGGUGGAGAAAAUCGAGGGAGAUUCGAAGGCGAUUUUUGGAGAUCGGAAAAUGAUCGGAAGAGAUUUUCGAAGUUUUUUGGAUUUUGAUAGUGGUGUGAAUUUUGAGACGAGGAAAAAUGUGGGGAGGAUUUGGAAUUCGAUUAUUGGCAAGAGAUUUUCAGCGUUUUGGGAGGUAAUUUUACUAUGACGUGGAAUUUCUUUAGGAUUUUUUAUUAUGAAAAUUUUGAAACAGUGAAUUUUCUUUUGGUUGAAAAAUUUUUUUUUUCGAAAAUUCCCUAAAAAUUUUUGAGUAAUUGUAUUUUUUCAGGUAAAAAAAUUUACAAUUUCAAAAUAACAAUUUUUUUUCAAAAAAAAUCAUGAAAUUUUUGAAACAGUGAAUUUUCAGGUUUGAAAAUUAUGAAAAAAUUUUUGAAAAAUUAAAAAAAUCAUAUUUUUCUCUUCAAAAAUUCAUUAUUCUAGUAAAUUUUGAAACAGUGAAUUGAAAAUUCAAUUUUUUUUUCAAAUUUUCAGCUAAAAAAAUUUUCUAUUUCAAAAUAACAAAAUAAUAUUUUUUUCGAUUUUCAAAAAUAUUCAUGAAAUUUUUGAAACAGUGAAUUUUCAGGUUUGAAAAAUCGAAUUUUUUUGAAAAUUCAAUUUUUUUGUUGAAAUUUUCAGUAAAAAAUGUUAAAUUUCAAAAUAACAAAAUAACAAUUUUUUUUUGAUUUUCAAAAAUAUUCAUGAAAUUUUUGAAACAGUGAAUUUUCAGUUUUGAAAAAUCGAUUGUUUUUUUGAAAAUUCAACUUUUUUUUGAAAUUUUCAGGUAAAAAAAUGUACAAUUUCAAAAUAACAAUUUUUUUUUCGAUUUUCAAAAAUAUUCAUGAAACUUUUGAAACAGUAAAUUUUCAGGUUUGAAAAUCAUGAAAAAAUUUUUGAAAAAUUAAAAAAAUCAUAUUUUUCUCUUCAAAAAUUCACUUCUAGAAAUUUUUGAAACAGUGAAUUUUCAGGUUUAAAAAUUAUGAAAAAAUUUUUGAAAAAUUUUUAAAAUUCAUAUUUUUCUCUUCAAAAAUUCAUUAUUCUAGUAAAUUUUGAAACAGUAAAUUUUAUUUUUUUUUUUAAUUCAAAAAUUUUUCUUGAAAAAUUCAAAAAUUUAAACAUUUUUUAACUCUGAAAACUCUAUAAUAUGAGCAAUUCCUUCUAAUUUUAACCUGAGCAAUCUUUCAGAACAACAAACUUCUAUGCUUCGCCGAACCUUCAAAACUCGCUGAAGAGCGUCCGAUCUUAGCAGCAAUGUUGAGCACACCUUCACCAACAUCAGAAGCUUUUCCGAAAUCCACUCAAAAUUUGGAUGACACCAAUACAACAAUAACUCCCUCGUUACAUUGCGAUGAUUCGGCUUCUUCAAGUUCAGCGUUUCUUUCGCCACAAUCAAGUUCUUCGGAAUCGAAGAAGAAGGUUAGUGGGUACUGUAGCUAGAGAGUACGGUAGGGUUUUCUAAGCAUUUUGAGUCUAAACAUGGGUGUUUUUACACAGGUGGCCUAGUUUUUGCAAAAGUUCGGCCACGUGAAUUUCUGGCGGGAAAACAAGGAAAUUUGAAUUUUCAAAAUUUCGCACCAGAAAAUAUACAUGGCCGAGGUUUUGCAAAAGUUCGGCCACGUGGUUUUUAGGGGCGAAAACAAGGAAAUUUGAAUUUUCAAAAUUUCGCACCAGAAAAUAUACAUGGCCUAGUUUUUGCACAAGUUCGGCCAUGUGGUCUUUAAACGCGAAAACGUGAAAAUUUGAAUUUUUUGGAUAUUCCCACUAGAAAAUCCACGUGGCCUAACUUUUUUCAGAAGUUCGGCCACGUGAAUUUGUGGCGGGAAAACAAGGAAAUUUGAGUUUUCAAGAUUUGAUGCUGAAAAAUCCACGUGGCCUAACUUUUUGCAGAAGUUCGGCCACGUGGCGCUAAAAUUUAUGUUUUUGAAUUUUCAAAAUUUCGCACCAGAAAAUAUAAAUGGCCGAGGUUUUGCAAAAGUUCGGCCAUGUGGUCUUUAAACGCGAAAACGUGAAAAUUUGAAUUUUUUGGAUAUUCCCACUAGAAAAUCCACGUGGCCUAGUUUUUGCAAAAGUUCGGCCAUGUGGUUUUUAGGCGCUAAAAUUGAUAUUUUUGAAUUUUCAAAAUUUCGCACCAGAAAAUAUACAUGGCCGAGGUUUUGCAAAAGUUCGGCCACGUGAAUUUCUGGCGGGAAAACGUGAAAAUUUGAAUUUUCAAAAUUUCCCACUAGAAAAUCCACGUGGCCUAGUUUUUGCAAAAGUUCGGUCACGUGAAUUUCUGGCGGGAAAACAAGGAAAUUUGAAUUUUCAAAAUUUCCCACUAGAAAAUAUACAUGGCCGAGGUUUUGCAAGAACUAGGCCACGUGGUUUUUGGACGCUAAAGUUAAUAUUUUUGAAUUUUGCAAAAUUUCGCACUAGAAAAUAUACAUGGCCGAGGUUUUGCAAAAGUUCAGCCACGUGGUUUUUAGGGGCGAAAACAAGGAAAUUUGAAUUUUCAAAAUUUCCCACUAGAAAAUCCACGUGGCCGAGGUUUUGCGAAAAUUCGGCCACGUGGUUUUUAGGGGCGAAAAGGUGAAAAUUUUAGUUUUCAAGAUUUCCCACUAGAAAAUCCACGUGGCCGAGGUUUUUCAAAAGUUCGGCCACGUGGUUUUCUGGCGGGAAAACAAGGAAAUUUGAAUUUUUUGGAAUUUCUCGCUGGAAAAUCCACGUGGCCUAGUUUUUGCAAAAGUUCGGCCACGUGGCGCUAAAAUUAAUAUUUUUGAAUUUUGCAAAAUUUCGCACCAGAAAAUAUACAUGGCCGAGGUUUUGCAAGAACUAGGCCACGCUGAUUUCUGGCGGGAAAACAAGGAAAUUUGAAUUUUUUGGGAUUUUUUUCAGCCACGCCGUGGUCGAAAACGUCUCCGCUCAGUGAACGUGAUCGUCGAAACAUACUCCCUCGAUUCAGUAAUAACUCCGCCAAAAAAAGGAAGAUCUCAAAAUUUGGAAUCUUCAGCUUCAGCUUCAACUUCAACUUCAUUGCUGAAUCCAACAAGUCAGAUUCCAGCGUUGAUGUGAGUUUUUUGGGAGCUUCUAGAUUUGAUGUCGUAAAAUUAUUUUUUCUAGAUCUCCAACCCCGCCACCUCUGAAUCCCUACGAUGUUUUGACGCCUGGAUAUCGAGAUGUAAGUCUGGGAAAUCUGAUAAUCUAAAUUCAGUACGACACUCCGCAUUUACACCCCCAAUUUUCAGAUCUGGCUCCGCCUUCAAAGUGAACGUCUUCUUCUCGAACAACGUGUUCUGGCUAAAGAGCGGGAACUGCAAAAUCUAAUGAUGUCAACCUACAGUACUCCACCUUAG